AUGGCGUUCUUUAAGAAGUUUUUCAACAACGCCAUCAAAGACAGAAAAUCUGAUGAUGAUACAGUGACGGUGAAGGAGAAACCAAAGCCCAAAUACUACGGCACCGUGUCUCCGUACCCAAACUUCAAGGCCAGCCAAGACGCACAGGUCCUGCAGAGCGCCAUCAAGUCCCACGACGUGGACGAGGACGUGAUCAUCUCUGUGCUCGUCAUGAGGAGCAACGAGCAGCGGCAGAAGAUCAAGGCUGUGUACGAGGCCACCACCGGAGAGCCUCUGGUCAAGGCUCUGAAGUCUUCUCUGAGAGGGGACCUGGAGGACGUGACUUUGGCUCUGCUCAUGACCCCACCUCAGCUGGACGCCUACUGCAUCAGGAAGGCCACCAAGCGUUUGGGAACAGAUGAAGAUGUUCUGGUGGAGAUUCUGGCCACGAGGAGCAAAGAGCAGAUCCAGGAGAUCGCCAAUGUCUUCAAACACGAGUACGGCCGUUCACUGGAGGAGGUGCUGAAGAGUGAGGCCCGAGGAGACUUUGAGAAGGCCCUGCUCGCCCUGUACCACGCCAACCGGGACACCAGCACCGAGGUGGACAUGAACCUGGCCCACAAGGACGCAGAGAUUCUGUUUGAGGCCGGGGAGAACAGGAGCGGGACCCAGGUGGACACCUUCAUCGAGAUCCUGACCACUCGCAGCGCUGCCCAGCUCUCCAAGACGUUCCAGAGAUACGCCUGUGUGAGCGACCUGUCCCUGCCCAAAGCCCUGCAGGCCGAGCUCAAGGGCGACAUCGAAGACUGCCUCGUCGACAUCGUUAAAGUUUGUUGGAACACACCAGCGUUCUUUGCUGAGAAGCUGCACGCCGCCAUGGAUGGCCAUGGCACCUGCGAGGCGUCUCUGAUCCGGGUCCUGGUGAGCCGCUCGGAGGUGGACCUGAAGAAGAUCGUGGAGGAGUACCACGCCAUGUACAACCGCUACCUGCAGGAGGACAUCGUGCGGGACACAGACGGCCAUUACCAGAAAGUUCUACUGGGACUGUGUGGACCCACCUAA